GCGGCUAUCAGUUUAUCACACAGUAAUGUCAUUUAUUUAAUAUGAUUUGCGGGUUUCGCCUGAGUUAUGUUAGCUGAGACACAGACGGAUUUUUCUUUUUGUUUUGGAUACACAAUGCGGCAGUAAUGUUGCAAGAGGAACGCAAGGCUGGAGUGAUUUUAUUUGCACGGGAAUGCUCUUGUAGUCUACUCUGAAGGCUUGUCUUUGACAUGGUGGAUCCGCCAGAUGCUGAGGAGGAAGGCAAAAGCAAAGAGCCAGGGCCUGAAUAUUCAGCUGCUGCAGCUUCUGCCACUGCUGCCUCACGAGCUCCCGAUCCCCAGAGCAGAAAUGGACCAGACCCCGCCUCGGAACCGUCCCUCCCGGGCAGACAGAGGGAGCAGUCCCCCAAGCUGCACCUGGAUCUCUUUAAUUUCGACUCCCCCGAAGCCGAAGGCAGUCGCUACGUCCUGACCAGCCCUCGCUCCCUGGAGGCGUGUGCGCGCUGCGGGGUCAAGCCUAUAGUGCUCCUGCAGCGCUCCGUCAAUGACUUUGCCAAGGAGGCCCCCGGGCGGUCCAUGCGGGAAGCAGAGGGACUGUUCGAGGCCUAUGAGAGAGAGAGGCAGGGCAAACUCAGGGAGUGCCGUGAAGAACGGGAGCGGAUUAUCAAGGAGGAAAAGAGGCGCAUUAGUAACUCGGUCAGCAGCAGCCUACCGUGCUCUCCCGCUGGCAGGCCAACAGGGGGAGGAGUGUCUAGUAUUUCCACAAAGGCUGUCCCGGCUCCUGCUACUAGUGCUGCAACAACAACGGCUAAUGGUGCCAUUCCUGCUGUUAAGACAAAUGGACAUGCAGCACAACUCAAGAAAAAAGGGAAAUGCCAUUCCCUGGAUUCUAAACCGAAGAAACGGGAACCUUGCCCCUCUACAACGACCAGCACCACCAUGCGGACCUCCUCGGAGUCAGGGGCCUCCUCAUUCAGCUGGGACAGUCCCCGGGACAGCCCUCGGGACAGCAGGGACAAGUGGCCGAAGGCAUCAAGCCCCAGAGCGCGGACAGUGGCCACCCUGAGCUCCCUAAUGGGGCGCAGCCUGAGCCUGGGGGACCUGAGCCACUCGCCGCAGACCACCAAGAGGGUAGAGCGGAUCGUGAAGGAGGUGAAGCGCCGGGGGCUGAGUGAAGUGCCGGAGAGGGACCGCAAGAUCGCGGCGCUCAUGCUGGCCAAGCACCAGGAGGAGCACAUCAUGAGCCAGAGCCGCAACAUGGCGCACCUGCAGUGGGACAGCGAGCGGCAGCUGGAGGAGCUGAGCAGGGAGAGGGAGGAGAGGGAGAAGCAGCGCGCUGUCCUGCAGUGCCAGCGCAUGUGGCACACCCAGGUCUCCAGCCGGCAGAGGCGGCUCAGCCAGGAACAGAAGGAGACGGCUACCAUCAAGCAGCGGCAGGCGGAGGAGAGCGAGGAGAAGUGGAGGGAGCUGGCUGAGAGGCAGAAGCAGUCCAGGCAGGAGAGACUGAGGCAGGCAGCCGGAGAGGAGAAGCAGAAGAAGAGCCACCAGGAGCACAACCUCAAAGCCCUGGAGGAGGAGAGAAGGGCGGUGUUGGAGCAGGAGCAGCAGCUGCUCCAGGAGAAGCUCACGAUGGCUGAGCUGAGGAAGCAGGAGCGCGAGCACCAGCAGCAGAAGGAGCUCAGGGGCCUCAACAAGGCAGAGAAGCUGAGGCACGAAGCCCUGAUCAGGGAGAUCGUCAGGAGGGAGGCAGAAGACAGGAAGCUGGCCAAGCGCACUAUGGAGGACAAGCUGAGCAGGUCCAUGGAGAACUAUGAGCAGAUCCAGGAGCGCAGGAACCAGGAGCUGAGGGAGAAAGCCAAGAAGGAAGAAUGGCACAUCAAGAAGGCCCGGCAGGCUGCAGAGAGGAAGGAGAAGGAACAAAGAGAGCACCUGGAGAGCCUGGCCAGGGAGACGGAACGUAGGGCACAGCAGGCAGCUCAGGUGGCAGAGGAGAGGGCGCAGCAGAAGGCUUUGAAGGCCGUGCAGAGUCGACUGGAGAAGGAGAAGAUCCAGAGGCUGAACAGGCAAAGGGUGGAGGAGGAGGAGCGGCAGAGAAGGCAGGAGCUCCUGAUGUCCAUCGAGAAGAAGCUGGAGAAGAGCGAGCAGAUCUUUCGGGAAAAGAGGGCUGUGCUGGAGAGCGCUCGCUCCGUGGCACGCGCCUCCUUCCACGUGAGAGACCGGGUGCGAGAGGAGACCAAUAUGCGCACUUUUGACAAGAUGGCCCUGGAGGCCCAGCUGCAAGCCAGCCUGAAUGAGAAAUAAACAUCCAGGUCUGUCCACAACUCAGCAAGCAUUGAGCACUCCAGCCAGAGAUCUAGGGGGUAUCUGGGAAGUUCUAGUGGGAAUAUACAAUUAGUAGCACCCUACUUUAGGUGAAGCUCUGAAACUGAACCUUUCUGUUCUUCCAAGGCAAUACAUUUUCUAGUCAAGUUCCUAACCCUCCGAAUAGUCAGGAGCAGCUUGCUUCCACCUAUACUGGUUCAAGUCUGGCAGCCUGGUAGGCCCUAUGCACAAAGUGCUUUGAAAAAACAGCAUAAACUUAUAAACCCUGUGAAACAAUUGAGAGAAGUGAACUACAAACUAAUCACAAUAGUCUUAAUUUAAAAAAAAAUAGACCAAACAUUCCUUGAUUUGAGUUUUACUCUUCUCAGCGUGAACCAGUGCUGAAUGGUCCUGGUAUAUUUUGCUGCCUCUGUAGAUUGG